AUGAUAAAGAAGGGAGCUGUGGAAAGAUUAUUUAUUUAUCUAUUAUACCCCUGUAUAGCAGGUAGUAAAUCUGACACGGUGGAAUGGAACUCUGAAUGGGAGGAAGCCAACAACCGUUGUAAAUCUCAAAACGACUCUUUGGUUCGUAUACAUGACAUACACAAUCAUCAAUCAAUAAUGAUUGAAUAUUCCUCGAUCUGGUCCUCAGUUAAAGGGAAAUAUACUCCAUGGAUUGCCUACAGAGGCUGUUAUGAAGGAGGCCUCUGCGAGGGACAUUGUGAUAAGCUCAUCAACAACACUAUUGGGAACUGUUAUUUCCAUUGUAAAUCUAAUAACUAUUCUGAAGGAGGAUGUGCAGACACUGAAGAAUUUUACUUUGCACUUCAGGAAAAUCUUUGCUCAUGUCUGUGUGAUAAAACCAAACUUUCUAAGAUCUCUGAAAGUAUUAACUGCAGCUUAUCGUGUGAGCAGGAUAUCAACAAAGGCGAAUGUGGCGGAAAAACUUUUUUUAGCAAAUAUGAAGUAAUAACUGUAAAUUUGUCCAAAAGAUCAUUUCGAGGGUUUUGCUUGGCUUGUCGAAAGCAAGAUGGACGGAUACAGUUAUCUAGCAUGGAGUGUGAUGCAACUGCAAAUGGAUAUUGUGUUGCUAACAAUAACGACGUAACUGCAAAGGACACACAGAUGUCAUCAUUCGAUGAGUACUGGAACCGAUGUAAAAAGGGCAACCUUUAUAUUGUUGGGAACACGGAAUAUAUAUGUCAAAAAAGUAACACAUAUCUUUGGACUGGAUUACGAAAAUACAUAAUAGAAAGUGUAAAAAGUGAUCACAACUGUUAUAGUAUCGACAAAUAUAGAUAUACAAUCAGCUAUACAGAGAGAAAUUGUACAGAAAGUCUUCCAGUGAUUUGCAAACAACACAUUUAUACGGACGUUUACAGUACCCAAAAAAUAAAAACUUCGAAAAGCAUAACUCCAACCCUGCCUCUUUUUGAUUACUCAGCAACAACGAAACUAACUACUUCAACUAUGAAACCUGUAUAUUUUCAUGCGACAUCCAUGAAAAUCUCUAGCAGUAAUUCAGAAUCAAGUCUGGAUAAAAUCGAUUCAACGACGUCUACCGAAUCGGCAGAAACUAGCCCAACAACAAUUGCAGGUGCAAGUAUUGCAGGAAUAGUGGCUGUGAUAUCUUUCGUAUGUCUCGUAUUGUGUUUAAUAAAACGACGAAAGUUACAAUGUCUGCAUUCAGAACAAAAACAAGUCAAACGGCCGAAUAUGUUUGACAACAGCACUUACGAUGACCUUACCGUGACAAACCAAAGACAUAAUGACACCCACACGAAUUCUUCUCCAGAAUAUGAUAACCAGGAGGGUAUUGGUAAAAUAGACGAUAUUUAUGUGGAAAAAGAAGAAGAAGAAUAUGACCAUCUACAUGCUAGUAGACAGAAACAUUUAAAUAAAGAUAACAAAGGCAAUGAAUAUGGCACUGCCUGCUACUUAGAAGAUAAUUCUUACUCUACGUUGGGACAAAGCAGAAAUCCUGAGCCUGAUCUAGAUAACGGAUACAGUACCAUGCCCUCUUUGGAAAACAAUGGUUCUUCUGUUGGUAACUCAGAGUAUGACUUUUGCUAUCAAAUGAAUCAAAGAAAAGAUUGGUAGCCUUAUCUACCAAACAUUACAAACAAGUAGUGUCCUAUUUACAAUGACAUGUAGAUGUGUCCUAUUUCAAAUGCUGUGUCUGUUGUAUAAAAUGAUAUAUUUCUAUAAUAUUUUAUCGCAAAUUAUGGUUUUGGGGUAAUUAAAUGUUC